AUGUCUCCACUAAAUGGUUUGCGAUAUGAGAAGACAGUGUCGAUAUGCGACCGAAACAAAUGGCCUAAUAAUACAAUAUAUCGUUUGCCAAAAACGGUGACUCCAAUCAAAUAUAAGCUGAGAUUCCGUUCCGAUCCAAACCGAUACAAGUUUUACGGCUCGGAAACUAUUUUGGUUAUGAUUAACAACAGGACAGACAUUAUUGAACUUAAUUCCGUUGAUCUAUAUAUAGACAGCGCGUCCUUUAAAACGCGAAGACUUAGAGUUGAGGUGAAGAACAUCUAUACUUGUUUGGAGAAAGAGACGAUUAUUUUGCAAUUUUAUAAACAAUUGGAUAAAGGAAGUGGAAAUCUGACCAUUAAUUUCAAUGGGAAUAUCAAUAAUAUGGUGACAGGAUUUUACAGAACCAACUCUGUAUCGGAUGAUCAGCAGGAGAUGAUAGCAGUGACCGAUUUUGGUCCGACCGGCUCUCGUCGGGCGUUUCCCAAUUGGGACGACCCAUCCUUUAAGGCACAGUUAGAGUUGACGGUAAUAUCGCCCAAAAAUCACUUUACGCUCACAAAUAUGAAUGAAUUGAGACGAAGAAGUCAUAGCUCGCAGAUGGAUGAGAUCCGAUUCGCGACAUCACCGCCGAUGGCCACCGGAAUGAUGGCAGUAGUGGUCGGAAAGUUUGAUUACAUCGAGCAGUUAACUGAAGACAAUGAAGUGUCGGUUCGGGUCUUCACUCCCGAAGGCAGACAAGAGGAAGGAAUGUUUGCGCUCGAAGUGACCGCAAAAAUGCUUAUGUUUUACAAAUACUAUUUCAACACAUCGUAUCCGUUAUUAAAGUUGGAUCUAAUAUCCAUAUCAGACUUUCCCUCCUCUAUGGAGACGUGGGGUUUGAUUACAUUCACUGAAUCACAGAUUUUGGUCAACAAUAACACAUCGGAAGAGGAGAGAAGAGGUGUGGCAAUAGUGAUCGCACACGCGUUGGCUCACCAAUGGUUCGGCAAUUUAGUAUGGCAGACAUACUUCGCUAAAGACAUCCAGAAUGCCAUUGAAUUGGAUUCUAUGCGAAAUUCAUUGCCCGUUGAGACCCGACUCGAGAGUUCGUCUGAAAUUGAGAAACAAUUCAGUGCCGUCUCGUAUCAAAAGUCGGCCGCAAUUAUGAGAAUGUUUAACGGAUUUGUCGGAAAAGAGUCGUUUAGAAACGGAAUUCGUUUGUUUUUAACGAAAUACUCAUUCAAGAGUGCAUUCGCUUCUGAUUUGUGGAAAACAUUUAGUGAAAUAAAAGACAUUAAACUUAAAGAAAUGGCUGAGAGUUGGGCCAAACAGAAAGGAUUUCCAGUAAAGGAAAGGCAGUCCGACAAUCAGCGUAUCCUAACAUUAACUCAGGAAAGGUUUAUACCAUUAGAAAAGUCCGGCAAUAAAUCCAACCAAAUAUGGCAAAUACCCAUCAAAAUUACAAACAUGUUUAGUCCUUACGUGCCAUCGGCUGAGACAGUGAUGACAACCAAACAAAUGAAUAUCACUGUAAAGGAAGUAUACGAAGGAGAAUGGGUUAAAUUGAAUCUCAAUUAUGAGGGCUUUUAUAGAGUUAAUUAUCCGAUAGAAAUGCUCAACAAAUUCAUCCCAUCAGUUGAGGGCCGAUCGAUGCCAGCGAUGGAUCGGUUGAAUGUAUUGAGCGAUUUGUUUGCAAUGAUUCAAUCGGGACGUAUGUCCACACAAACGGGUCUCAACUUUUUGAUACACUAUAAAAACGAUGACAACUCUGCCGUUUGGGACUAUAUCUUAAAAUUGUUAUCCAAAUUGGAUUUGUUAUUAUCGGACACUAAUCUAAAGGAACAGUUCUGGAUGUUUGGAAGGGAACUGCUCUCCGGUUUGAACAGUAAGUUGGGUUGGGAUCCAAAAGAUACCGAAGACCUCAGAGUAACUAAAAUAAGACCACAAAUGUUGACAUUAUUGGCAAAAUUUAAGGACAAGAAAUUAUACAAAAACGCCGAAAGCCCUGUAAAGAGGGAUCACAUUAUUAUGGCAUUAACCGCAACCGACCAGAAGGAGAGAGUGCUUAAAGAAACAAUACGAUUUAUCGACAGCUCAAAGAUAAUUUCUGGCAGAGACAAGACGUGGAAAUUUUUUGAGAAAAAUUUUGAGGAAUUACUGCGAAUGUUCGGCUCAUCCACUGUUGAAAUGAAUUUAUUGAUUAAAAAUUUUAUGGAAAUGUUUCCCUCAGAAGAUAAGGCCAACGAAUUCGAGACAUUCUUUACUAAUAGAAGAAUUCCUGGAUUUCAGGAAACGGUUGAGAUAUCGUUGGAAAGGAUGAAAAUCAACGCUAAAUGGCUUAACAGAGAUAUCAUUCAAAUCAGAGAGUUUUUAACGAAACAUUAUGAUCAGAAUACUAAAGAUCUCUAG